UAGGCUUUUAACCAGGUAUAGAGAUCAGAUAAGCGUCAGUUCGUUUUUAACUCUCUUCAACAUAGGUAAUUGUUGUACAUCUUCUGAAAUGCCUGCGUACAGAUGGACAUCGCGUACCGUGGGCCAGUCGCUUCCGCCUGGCGCUGUCGUCGGAGGUCGUGACUGCGAUGGCAGCACGAUUUACGUUGGGCGUGCCUAUCACAAUGGUGAUAUGUUACCUGCUAAAGUAAUCCCCGAGAGAAAUGCAGUUUACGUAUGUCACGGCGGAGAGGAACACUCCAAACACGAAUACGAGGUUCUGUGCCAAGGUGAAUUCGCGUGGGAAUUUGCGACCAACGGUUCAAUCCCGAGCGACGCUGUAGUAGCAGGACAAACGUCGGAGGGUGAGCCUCUGUACGUCGGUCGCGUUCUCCACAAUGGGGCUCAAACCGUCGGAAAGGUUCAACCGAGUCACGGAUGCCUCUACAUUCCAUUCGACGGUGAAGAAUUAUCCUUCCGGGAGUACGAAGUUCUCGUCAAUCAUUAGUUUUUAUCCUACCGAAUUAUUAUGAGUAAUAAACACAAAGUUUUCUUUUUUUCCAACAA